GGGGAAAAAAAUAGUGGUUUUGAUGUCCUGUACCAUAAUAUGAAACAUGGACAGAUAUCAACAAAAGAACUAGCAGAUUUUGUAAGAGAAAGAGCUACAAUAGAAGAGGCAUACUCCAGGUCUAUGACAAAACUAGCAAAAUCUGCAAGUAAUUAUUCACAACUUGGAACAUUUGCACCAGUGUGGGAUGUGUUUAAAACGUCCACAGAGAAAUUAGCAAAUUGUCACUUGGAUCUUGUUAGAAAAUUACAAGAAUUAAUAAAAGAAGUUCAGAAGUAUGGAGAAGAACAAGUCAAAUCUCAUAAAAAGACUAAAGAAGAAGUUGCAGGAACUCUAGAAGCUGUCCAAACCAUUCAGAGCAUAACUCAAGCCCUCCAAAAAUCUAAGGAAAAUUACAAUGCCAAGUGUGUGGAGCAGGAGCGUUUGAAAAAAGAAGGAGCUACACAAAGAGAAAUAGAAAAGGCAGCUGUUAAAUCUAAGAAAGCUACAGAUACCUAUAAGCUCUAUGUGGAAAAAUAUGCAUUAGCAAAAGCUGAUUUUGAGCAGAAAAUGACAGAAACAGCUCAGAAAUUUCAAGAUAUUGAGGAAACUCAUGUCAUCCACAUAAAGGAAAUUAUAGGAUCCUUGUCAAAUGCUAUAAAGGAAAUUCAUUUACAGAUAGGUCAGGUUCAUGAAGAAUUUAUAAAUAACAUGGCUAAUACUACAGUUGAAAGUUUGAUACAGAAAUUUGCUGAGUCAAAAGGCACUGGCAAGGAGAGACCUGGCCUUAUUGAAUUUGAAGAAUGUGACCCUGCUAGUGCAGUUGAAGGUAUCAAACCAAGGAAAAGAAAGACUUUUGCUUUGCCAGGAAUAAUUAAAAAGGAAAAGGACGCAGAAUCUGUGGAAGGCCCUGAUGCAGAUUCACUCAACAUUCCUGAUGUUGAUGAAGAAGGCUAUAGUAUUAAACCAGAAGCAAAUCAGAAUGAUACCAAAGAGAACCAUUUCUACUCAUCUAGUGAUUCUGACUCUGAAGAUGAAGAACCAAAGAAGUAUCGAAUAGAAAUCAAACCUAUGCAUCCAAAUAAUUCACAUCACACAAUGGCAUCUUUGGAUGAAUUAAAAGUGUCUAUAGGAAAUAUAACCCUCUCCCCAGCAAUAUCCAGACACAGUCCAGUACAGAUGAAUCGGAAUUUAUCAAAUGAGGAGUUAACAAAAUCAAAGCCAUCUGUUCCACCCAAUGAAAAAGGGACCAGUGAUUUACUUGCUUGGGAUCCUCUCUUUGGACCAUCUCUUGAUUCAUCUUCAACUUCACUAACUUCAUCAUCAUCAGCCAGGCCCACAACUCCUCUUUCUGUAGGCACCAUUGUUCCACCUCCGAGGCCUGCUUCCAGACCAAAGCUUACUUCAGGCAAACUCAGUGGGAUUAAUGAAAUACCCAGGCCAUUCAGCCCACCUGUAACUUCCAACACCAGCCCACCUCCUGCCGCUCCUUUAGCCAGGGCAGAAAGUUCUUCCUCUAUCUCCUCAUCUGCUUCAUUGAGUGCUGCCAAUACUCCGACAGUAGGUGUGUCACGGGGUCCUAGCCCUGUCAGCCUUGGAAAUCAGGACGCCUUACCUGUGGCUGUUGCCCUUACAGAAUCAGUCAAUGCCUACUUUAAAGGAGCAGAUCCCACCAAGUGUAUUGUGAAGAUCACUGGCGACAUGACAAUAUCAUUUCCAAGUGGAAUUAUUAAAGUCUUCACCAGCAAUCCGUCUCCAGCUGUGCUAUGCUUCAGGGUGAAAAACAUCAGCAGACUAGAGCAAAUUCUACCAAAUGCACAACUCGUGUUCAGUGAUCCAUCACAGUGUGAAGCCAACACAAAAGAUUUUUGGAUGAACAUGCAAGCUGUUACUGUCUACCUCAAGAAGCUAUCAGAGCAAAAUCCAGCUGCUUCUUACUAUAAUGUAGAUGUUUUGAAGUAUCAGGUAUCAUCAAAUGGCAUUCAGUCCACUCCUCUGAAUCUCGCAACCUACUGGAAAUGUAGUGCCAGCACCACUGAUCUCAGAGUGGAUUACAAGUACAAUCCAGAAGCUAUGGUGGCUCCCAGCGUGCUGUCCAGCAUACAGGUCGUGGUACCGGUGGAUGGAGGGGUCACAAACAUGCAGUCCCUUCCCCCUGCAAUAUGGAAUGCAGAACAAAUGAAAGCCCUUUGGAAAUUGCCUGGUAUUUCAGAAAAAUCAGAAAAUGGAGGUUCUGGAUCCCUCAGAGCAAAAUUUGAUCUUUCAGAAGGACCCAGUAAACCCACAACACUUGCAGUGCAAUUCCUCAGUGAGGGAAAUACCCUCUCAGGAGUAGACAUUGAACUUGUAGGCACUGGCUAUAGGCUUUCCUUAAUAAAGAAGCGAUUUGCCACUGGUCGAUACCUGGCGGAUUGUUGAUGGACCUGGAAAGUGGCUGACUCGAGGGAGUAGUACAAACCUGCCAUUCUGCAUUACCUAUUCUUUCCAAACACUAUUCUAACUUGUAUGAUGUCUUUCAAACUUAGACAUGUUUGGGAGCUGACUACAAACAUUAAAUUGCACUUUUAAAGUGAGUCAUUUUAAGAAAUAGCACUGAAUGAUUUCUACGCUGUACGCUGUAAAUGAUCAACUAUAAUAUUCAGGAAGCACAUUUACUCAAACUCUCAGUAAAAGUGAAAUUUUUAUAGGCUGACAUUUUAAAUUAUUGUCAGUGUCUUAUAUUGACAAAAGGGGUUAUAGUAUAAUAUCAGGCCUGAAAUUUCAGGGGAGCAGGCACAGAAUAAUUUAGCUUUCCAUAAAUUUUUUGAGUCAGAUAGCCUUGAAGUUCCGUAAGUUUGAUAUUGAAUGGAUAUGAACAGAACGUGAAUUCUAAGUUUUGCAUAAUGUUAACUGAGAACACUCAAUAAAAUUGAGUUAUGUGCCAUAAGGUAAUCAGACCAGAGUCCAAGUUGUAUGCAAAAAAUCUAUAAUUUGAUUCUCAUAAACAUAUUAAUAAAGUGUAAAUGGUGUUUUAUAUGAUUUAAAAAAAAUUUUCAAGUGCAAUGUGUUUUAAAAUAAGCUUACAAAAGACAGCAGAGAAAUUUUCUUCUGCAGUUAAUUAACUUUAUAGAAGUUGUGAUUGUUUUCAUGAAUUAAUGCUGUAGAUUUAAUUUAUUUUUAUAUGAAUUACAUAAUGUGUGCCUUUUAAAACAAUAACAAAACCAGAAAUGUGCCUAUCGUUUGUGUUUGUUAAUGUGCCUCACUUUUUUUCUCAGUCUGAAUUGUCUAUUCAGAAUCUUAGAGUGGUCAUACAUUUUACAAAAUAUUUUCAGUUUUCACAAAUACCUUUGGCCUGCCAUUAGAAGGGAAUUCAGAGUAACUAAAAAUAAUUUAUACUUAAGGACCUGGCUCACUUCUUCAGUGAUACACUGUAGCCAGUAGAAAGAGAAACAAGCCUAACAGCCUGUGUUUGCAGGGGGAAAAUUUUUACCUUCAGAUAUUUGACAUUAACCUCAUCAAAAGUAUGUGAGUUGUAAAACAGGUAAAAUUUUUAAAACUUUAAUGGCAAAUUAGUAACUGAUAUUUAAACUCCCAAUUUAGCAUUUCCAUUGGCUCUCUUUGUAAUUGGACAUUUACAUGUCUUUUUACUUACUGUGUUGUGAACACGAUGAGUUUUGUAGUAUUUUGUGAGUACGUUUUUUUUAAAGAUUAACUUUGGCAACAGAGGGAGAAGAACAUCACUUUUUUUUCAUUUCAACAAUUGGAAAAAUUACCAGCUUGUAUGCUUUUUGUUAUUACUUAAUUCUCAUGUGGUAAAAAUAGAGAAAUUAGUUGCAAUGAAGGAUUGGGUUCAGCAUUUCCUUAAAUAAGCUACUAAUACUACAUAGUAACAAGUUCUAACUUUAUAGAAAAUUCAGAUUAAUUGAAGAAAUGAAGUAUUUUGGACAAAGUUUCAUAAUUACAAGUGGGAAUUCUAUAUAUGAUAAAAUACCAGUGUCCUUGAUUUUGCAUAGUAGAAAUGAUAAAUUGUUUUAUUUAAUUUAUAUAAAACCACUAAUUGUUCUGUUAAGCUUUACAGAAAAUAAAACUUGUUUUACUAGACAUUUAUGUAACACCUUGCUAUUCUGAAUACAGCAAAAAAAUCUCUUUAGCAAUAUGUAACCGCGGUAUGUGCUUUUUUAUAUAUUCAGUGUUAGCCCAGUCCUAAAUUUAGGUUUGACUAAAGCAGCACAUAAAAGUUUGCUAAAGUGUUAAUCUUUACUAAAUAGCGAGCAAAGUUAGAAUUGCUCACUCUUAUUUUGUGACCUUUUAAAUGCCAAUUACAGUCUUACUGGAAUUUUAACUAAUCUGCUUUGCAUUCAGACUGCUUUCAUUGGCAGUUAAUAUUUCAUUAUUGGAGUUCAGACACCAUUAUACUCACAUGUUUGUUUAUAAUCAAGUAUUACCUAAAAGUGUACAAAUUAGUGAAAUGGUUAAACUUCUGCACUUUUAAAAUUACCAAUCUUCAUACCAAGUGUUGAUACAUAAAUUCGUAUUUGGUACAGGUUACAAUUUUGAAGCCAUAUUAGUUUAUAUUGAUUAUUUUCAUUUAAAAAUCCUCUAAUGGUGUAAAAAAGACCAGUAGGUUUUCGAUGGGAAAUAUAUUUAGCAAGCUGGUUCUUGCUUAUGUGUAACUUUGUAACUGCCCCUUUAACCAAGAACUUGUAAACACAGAACUCUAACAAAUGUGAGUUUUUAAGGAUUGUUAUUUACUACUUUGGAUUGUAAUUAGAACAAUGCACAUCUCUCUUCCAAAAUUUUGUAAAUAUUUUUGAUUUUUUUCAUAAAAUGUAAAUUUUACAUGAAAGUUGUACCCUUAAUAAACAUGUAAUAUAUAAUUUA